CUCGAUAAUCAUCCGCUCCUAGAGAUCGAUUUAUCUGCGAGCAGCUGGUCAUCACUGACUUCCUUUCAGCACACCGUUCACAGUUAGCAGUUAGCCACCGCACGUUACAACUGCGUACAUUAGCCACAAUCUACAGCCAUGGCAGAUCCAAGAAUACGGCAAAUUAAGAUAAAAACUGGCAUCGUUAAGAGGCUGGUGAAAGAGGAGAUUUCGUACAAAAAAGAGCUAAGCCAGCAGGAGGAGAAGGUUGAGCGCCUCAAAGCAGAGGCAGGAUGUGAGUAUGUCAUCAAGAAACAGGUGGAGGUAUUGCAGGAGGCCAGAAUGAUGAUCCCAGACUGCAAACGCCGUUUGACCAUAGCACACGGGGAUCUGCUUCAGUUAUUAGAAGCAGAAGAGGAUUUGGGUGAAUCGGAGGAGUACAAAGAGGCUAGAAGCGUAUUGGACUCAGUGAAGCUUGAAGGAUGAUUUCUGAUCUGUUUCUGUUCUCACUGUGAGAUUCACUUGCUUUAAAUGUCCAUUCCUUUCGUCAGGCCCUGUUUGGAACCGCGGAGGCAAACUGAAUCCAUUCACAGUGUCUGUUCUUGAUGUAAUUAUUUCUGUUUACUGUUAACGUGCCACCACAUUUGAUCACAGUCCUGUGUGUAAAAUCCAACAAGAACACAGUGAAACAUUCAGUUGAUUACAGCAGAGGAGUAGAGGCUUUUUCUAAAAAAAAAAAAAAAUCGUCAUACUAAUACACAAUUUGGACUUCAAAGACAUUAUUAAAUACACACGUGUUUGUCUUUUCUGCAACUAUAAUCACUUUCCAUGGUGUGGGUCCAAUGCUGGAUGGAUUUGAAGUAUGAAGGCUUUACACUGGUGACUAUUGUAAAUGGUGAAAAACUGGGAUCACUUUAGUGGUUUUAUGAAGUGACAGUUUAUCUUAAAACUUUUCAGACACAUUUUGCAUUCCUUUUUAUAUGUGUCUGAGUUGCUUAACCCCCGCAGGACUUAAUGAAGAUGCAUCCCAGAAUACUAACCAAAGCUGCAGGUAAUGAUUAUUUCAAUGAUGGGUUAUUCUUUCGAUAAAUUGCUUGGUUUGUGAAAUAUCAGAAAACAAGUGAAAAAAAACAAACAAGUUUCCUCAGCUUGUGUUCUAUGUGCAAAACAUAUUUGACUUUCAACGAUGUAAAACUACUUGACAAGCAGCAAAUUAUCAUAUUUGAGAAACUGAAAUCAGUGAAUGUUUUAAAGAUUAUCAAAAUUGUUGGAUUGUCCUUUUCUUUCAACCUGCUAAUCGAUUAAUAAACUGAUUUCUGGUUUCAGCCCUAA